AUGGCAACCGGAGCUGCUACUGCUCCUCCCGGCACAGUCCGGUUGGUGCUGCAGCCGGAAGAGUCUACCGGUGUCUCAACCUUUAUGCUCUCUCCAACUCCAUCAUCCGACCCAAAUGAACCACUCAACUGGAGCACUUGGAGAAAGUGCUUCAACUAUGGUCUCACCAUCGCCGUGACCGUCGCCGCCUUUACCAAUCUCUCUAUUCAGACUGUCUUUUGGCAGCAGAUGACCGUCGACCUGGGAGUUACUAUCACCCAGCUCACCCACGCCCAGUCAGCCCAACUGGCUGGACUGGCCAUGGGCUGCAUCUUUUUCAUCCCGCUCACAAUCAAGUAUGGUCGUCGAUCGACAUAUAUUGUCUCAACGGCAGCCCUGGCCGCCGUAUCGUGGUGGACAUCAUCUAUAUCUUCCUACACCGAGCUGAUUCUGACUUCCAUAAUCACCGGCUUGGCUGGAGCCAUCAACGAGACAUCCGUUCAAAUGACUAUUGCCGAUCUGUUCUUCGUCCACCAGCGUGGCUCAGCCAACGCCAUCUACUUUACCGCCGUUAUGGUGGGCUCCUUUCUCACGCCUCUCGCCGCUGGCUCUCAGGCGGCGGAACAAGGCUGGCGUUGGUCUUAUUACGCACUCUCCAUUGCCAUGACAGUACUCUUUGUGACAUUUCUUCUGUUAUUUGAGGAAACCAAGUUUGUGCCCGUCUUGGUUGGUCAAACUGAUAAUUCUACAUCUUUGGUUGUCACAUCUUCGAAUCAAUCACACGAACACGAUAAAGAGGAUCUCAAAGUAGACGGACAUGCUACUACGACCACAAUGACGCGCACCGACUCGACAAUCCCAAUCAACACAUGGCGACAGCGCCUUCGUUUUACCACACCUACUCCAGAGUCUCUUCCACAUCUCUUCGUAAUUCCGCUUCACGUCAUCACUCUUCCUCAUGUUUUCUUUACCGCCUUGCAGUUCGCAUCUGGCGUGUGCUGGCUUGUUCUCUAUAUGUCUGUUGUCUCCAUCAUCUUUGCGCAGCCACCGUACAACUUUACAACGUUUGGAAUUGGAUGCAUGACACUGGGCCCAUUCGUCGGUAACAUCUUUGGCAGUAUCUACGGUGGACCUUUGUCUGAUUGGGUCAUUGUGCGACUGGCGCGUCGAAACGGUGGCGUCUUUGAGCCCGAGAUGAGGCUCUACCCUCUUGUUGUCCCAACUAUCGCCAUGGCUGGUGGCAUCAUCAUGUUUGGCGUUACUGCUGAUAGGGGAAUGCACUGGAUAUACCCAUCUAUUGGCGGUGCUUUCUUUGCUUUUGGACUUGGAGCAAAUGGGGACAUCACCUUUACUCUCAUCGUCGACACAUACCGCGAGCUCACGGCGGAAGCGUUCAUUGGUGUGGCCUUUCUCCGAAAUGCCGUCUCGGUUGCAGUACCGUUCGCCCUAGUUCCGUGGAUGAAAACCAUGGGCUUGACCAAUAUGUAUAUCCUCAGUGGCUGCGUUGCCUUUGCAAUUGGGCUCCUCUUUGUCCCGAUGAUUAUCUGGGGCAAGAGAAUCCGCACAGCACUGGCCCCCCGGUAUUGGAAGUUGGUGGAAAGACGAUCCAUGAUUUGA